AUGUGGAAAAUACCCUUCCUCUUACCUGCCCCCCUCUCCGGGGACAUGCUGGAGGUGCCGGCGAUACGUAUUGGCCGAGAUCGAGGGGUGCGAAGGACCCAGAUAACUGCUCCCCCAAGAUCCUCCGUCCGAGUCCCAAGAUCCACGGUCGUCUGCCCGCCUGGCCCUAGUCCCUCCCACCUCCCAUCGCAUGUACCGUAUAUUCAGGUCAUCAUGGCAUGUCAUGUCAUGGCAUGUCUCGCACGGCAUCAGGAAUCCUGGGAAAUAGAAGCCUUCCUCCGCCGCCCAUCGGAUUCGCCCCGAGUGAGCCGCUGCUCAGAACCCAGGUCGACAGCGUCUUGGAUUCGCCGGGGUGUCCUCUCCAGCUCGCUGGGCCCCCAUGAGGGCAAAUUCCCAACGACCCCCAAAGAUGUCCCAGAGUCCCAAGCCGCCAAGCGCACCCCGGCGGAGCUUCCGCUACCUUUCCCGGCUGGGUCACCGCGGUGGCGCGGGGCCAUGAGCCCAUCCACCAUAGCUAGCUCCCACACGCUGAGCAUUAACUGGGUGCUGGCCCCCGUCUGCCACCAAACUCACCGAGGCGCUCGCCGUGGCACGCUCGCCAGUGACUCGCCAGUCUCCGUCUCCUUUCGCUUCGGGGGGGAGCACCGGACUCUCGGGAACAGGCCUCGAGACUGGUCAUGA